GCCGAAUGCUGCCCACGCCCGUUUAUAUCGGGUUCCACAUAUACCAAAUGGUUGUAUAAGUAAUCUUACCUAUGUUCUAUAUUGGAAUGAGUUUAAGUAGUCAUGUUUAUAGUUUUCAGCAUUUCCAUUUUAGUUAAGGUCUCUCCGGAUUGACCUACCUAGCUUUGCUAUCAUUGAUGCUCUCCGAAACAUGUACAAAUUUUACCAAAAAUCGAUAAUCGGUAUUUAUUUACCAUGUCUACCAUGAAGCCGAUUCAUCUAACUUCUGGCCAAUAUUUCGCGCAGCUCCAGGAAAUUUAAAUUAUAUUAAUGUCAUCCAGUAGUUAUUACUAGUUAAUUCCACAAGCCAGACAUUCGACGACGUUGAAAAUACAAAAGAACGAAAAUAACGUUGCAAAUAUGUUGUAAGACUAAAAUCGGAAAUAUAGGUACGUCGGCAGGUAGGUACUUACUUGUGAUAACAAUAAUUAUAGCAGUAGUUUUUUGUAUGGUAUGAGGCAGGCGUGCUUUACUUUUAUUUUUAUUUAAUUCCUAUUCCACAUGACCAUUUACGCUGUAGCCGUUUGUAAGCUCUACUUUGUUCCUAGACUUGUAACUUGUUAUGUAAGUGCGCUUCCAGACCAUACUGUAAACAACAAAAAGCUUCAAGGCAUUUAAACGUCACAACAAGAUAUCAACAAGUAUUACAAGUAGUGAAGCAGCUGAACCUUGUCCUUGAGGUUGACCUAGUCUCGCCGGCGUUUCAUAAUGGCGCCAUUUAAUCGCAACGUGGGGCUGCGUGCAUCUACCAAAAUCGAGAUACCUGACAACACUCUGCACGUUGUUUGAGAUAUGAACGCGCAGGCCUCAGACGAUAGCAGCACUUCGACGGGAGAGGAGACUGAUUUCCAUGACGAGUCCAAAACCCGUGAGAAAUCUAAAAGGGCUAAUGCCAGAAAGAGAUUUAUCGCCCGCAAGAGGUUCCUUGCCCGCAAGAAGGCUGCUGCUAGUAAGAAGGCAAAUUCCCGCGGGAACUCUGAUGGCAAAUGGGAGUCUGUUACCCUUAUAAAGUCCAAUACUUGCGAGAUGACUGCUGAAAUCAUUGAGCCUGAAGAUUGUGUACCAUCAUCUUCUGCACCGAUGGAGUCUAAAGCCUAUGAAGAGGCGGAUGCUCGCAAGGAGACUGAUGUCGUUAUAGAGCCUAAAGCGUGCGUCGAGGCUGAUGUUGUUAAAGAGCCUAAGGCCGGAGGGGAGACUGAUGCCCCCCUGGAGCCUAAAGCCGGCGAGGAGGCUGAUGAAGUCAUGAAGCCUAAAGCGGGCGAGGAGACUGUUGACGUCAAAGAGCCCAAAGCGAGCGAGAAGGCUGAUGUCCCCAUGAAAUCUAAUGCAUCCAAAGAAAUUGCUGGACCCUUGGAGUUGAAUGCCCGCCAGGAGUCGAAUGCAUGUGAAGAUUCUGAUGGUCCUAAGGAAUUUUAUGUCCGCGACAAGUCUAGUGCCCGUGAGAGAGUCCUUUCCCGUUCGGGACCCUCCAAGCCUCCGAAGGCUGGGCGCAACAAGAGGAAGCUUCUCCGCAACCGGCUCAAGAAGAUGGCAAGGAAGCCAAAGCCGCUAAAUAGAGACCCACAUGAUGUGUUUGGCGAUUAUGUCGCUAAAGAGUUGCGUAACAUAAAGUGUAAGUACCACAGGGCUCGUGCUAAAGAGUGCAUCGCCGCUGUACUGUCCCGUGCUAGGGUCGGGCGAAUGCAUGGCUUCUUGCUUGCUAUGAUCAGCGAUGACGAUGUGCCACAACCGCAGCUCCCAGCGGGAACUGACGAUUGCGAGCCAGAUUCUUACAAAUCAUCCUCCACGUCUGAAGCGGAAACCGAUGAUUGGCCUAAGAUUGAGUAAUUUUAGAAUUUUAAUUACUUAUGAUUCACAAUUUUUGAAAAUUUUGUAGUGUCAUGGUUGUUUAUACGUGUAACUAAUAUAUCAAUUUUAUUCGAUACUUUAGAGCAUACUAACAAAACUUAUAUAUCAAUCAUGAAUGUUAGACUCACUGUACUAUCCAUCUUCUCGUCUCAUAGGAUUAUAGUAUGUAAGACUAAUUUGGAACGAAACUCCAGUCCGCUGCUUCGGGUAUAAAACGCGACGCGUUAGCCCUGGCAGGCAACACGAAUACGGUUGUAAGUCUGUCUCAUUCACAGGGUUAAUGUGAAAAAAGUGAACGUCCCAAAUAUUUGACUAGGACAACUGAGGGUAAAUUUCGAGUUAUAUUAUAUUUAGUGUUUGGACUGAAAAUACCAGUCCUUUGGGAAAAUAAUGAUUACUUAGUGUUUAAGAAUUUUAGGACUGACUUAAACAACUUUGUUGUUGUAAAAUAUCUAAGUAUGAUAAGAGCUUGAUUGGAAGUUUAAAACAAAUGACUGGUAGCUAAAAAUUUGACUUAACCGACUAAGUAGUUCUUGUAUGAAAUUAUCCCAAGUAGGUAUCUAUGAUAAAGAAAUUGAAUGUUUCAGAAACUUCUAUUUAGUGCUCACUUUUUAUAAUUCUGAUCUGUGUAAGGUAAACUGGAUGUGUUAUUUUUUAUAUCAAUAUUUUCUAUUUACACACCUAUACUCAUUGUAGCUGAAAAACCUAUAAAUUUUUGGAUAAAUUAGUUCACUUUCAAAAAUAGACAAAUGUGUGAUUAUUUUAAUACUGUUAUUUGAUCGUUGUGACGACGUUGGGAUCAUUUAAACUUCUGCCUAAUUUUGUGAUAAUUUUUGAAAUUAAAUUUCUAUCCAAAAUGUUGUGACAUUAAAAUGUCUUCUCUUUAUUUAUAAGUACUGAAAUUAAGUAUUAUUAUCAUAUUUUAAUGGUAGGUAUAAUAGUUUCAGGAGUCUUAGGAGUUAUUUAUAUCUACAUACCUACUUAGGUAUGGUGAAUUUUUAAAUUAAUAAGUAUACUAAUUGUACGGUAGGAUAGGUACCUAUGUGUCAAAUAUCUGUGUCAAUCUAUAAAAUAAAUGUGGAAUAAAAAUGUUGUUUCAUUGCCAUUCUCUCAUAUAUAUACUAUUUUACUUGUUCAGCAACCUUCAGAACCUUGGUGCUCAGCUAGUUUUCAGUAGAUUUUGAGAAUUAUUUAUUUUAUGGCUCGAAUAUGCGACUUGCAUUUAAUGUGACAUUGUUCAUGGGCGAAUGUAGCUGACUGUAUUAAUUAAUACUAAUAAGUGUUUAAGCGACUUGAUAAAAAGUAGCUUCUCAGUUCGAUUGUUUGUAUGUGCGUCCACGAUUAUCUUGCACCUGCCUGAAGCAAUUUGGAUGCGGUGUUUAGAUAUGUUAGUGAUUUUUAGACAAAGAGUUAUCAAUAUAUGUUAAUUUAUGUUAUUCCAUUAUUAAUAAACAGAGAUAUCAAAAAAUAUUCCUAAAACUAUCAAUAAUUCACCGAAAACUUUAA